GAGGCGUUCGGUGACUCACGCUCAGCUGAUGCAUGAUAAGGGCCGAACGCUGCAGGACUUCAAGAGGCGCUUGUGGCUCCAGGAGCUGCUGCAUGUAGUUCACACGGCCGAGAUCCGGGACGUCCCGCAGCCCAGAGGAGGCGUGGCCAGCAGCGGAGGGGGCGGAGGCCUCACGGUUGCCAUUCCAAUGGGAGUGGGCGUGUCCAUAGGAAUGGGAACCGCCCACCCCAAACCAGCUGGAGGCACCAAGAACCUGCCGAUCAGCUUCCGUCUGGAGGACGAGGAGGGAACCAACCUCCCGCAGGAAACCAACAAGUCCCAGACGUACAAGGAGAGCACGCUGAAGACCAUCGGCAAGAGGAAGAAGAAAGGCCGAGUGGGGAAGAGGAGGGAGGGAGAGAAGAGGAAGAGGAGGGCUCGAUCGCUCCUGGACCAGCACUAAAACACUGUCAGUCUCUGACAACGAUCCGUGAGGACAUUUGAAAUGUUCAUCUAAAAGAGAUAGGAAAAUAUUUAUUGUCUGUAAAUAUUCUUAAUGCACCCGAACAAUGACAAAGACAACUAACGAUACUGCUAAAGCAUUAUUACAGCUCCACGGAGACACACAUUUGGAUCCUUGUGAAUACCUUGCUUUGUUUCUUUUUCGUUUUCCUCUUUAUUCUUCUUUUAGGACUAUGCCUCUAUUACGGUGUCAGAAUUCCUGUAAUUUAUUUUGUUUGAAUGGUGUAUUUAUUUUGUAAAGGUAUCAAGGUGCUGCUGACCUUCUAUAUUUUUGUACUAUAAUGCACUUUAGAUAUAUAAAUAUAGAAAUAUAUACAAGUCAUUUUGUUAAUGGA